CUUUGUUGUUCCCAUUCACUGAACGCAACGACCAUCCACCAUGCCAGACCCCGAACUAUCGCCCAUAGACCCGGCCCUCCAGCAACCAACCCUCAACUCCAUACAGGAGGCCCACGAUUCGUCAGGUGUCAAUCCCCUCAAUGAGUUUGCCCAGCAGGUACUCGGAAGAGAGGCCGAUGCUGAGAAUUUACUCGACUUUGGGCGGGCCCACUCAAUACUUGGAGAGGAGCAGACAUUUGGAGAUUUACUGCAGGCAGAAAGAAGAAAAGAUGGGGAAGAUGAAGAUGAUGUUGAUGCUGACAGGCAUAUGGAACAUCACGAACAUGGUCAUGAACAUGUCCAUGAAGGGCACCUGCAGGGUCAGGAGGAGGAUGUGCAUUACAUGGCGGAGAACGUAGAGCAAGUCAUGGAUCCGCUUCCAGGGCGCGCUAGGGGUAUACGCCAAGCGAAGAAAAGAAGAGUAGGGGACGACGUAAUCGACGGCGAUGGCCAAAUAAUAGAUCCUCUGGAAUAUGCCAAAAGCCGAAAGGAUAACCACAGAGAAGUAGAAAGCCGGCGGAGGCAAGCUAUAGCGGAUGGUAUCGCUGAGAUUGCCCAACUUCUUCCUAGUCCCCCAGCCCCGAAAGAAGGGAAAGGGCAACUUCUCAAACGAGCCGUUACGUAUAUCCACGAAUUAUUGGGAAAGAUUGCACGAGGCGUGGAGGAAAUUGCGCAGGUUGAGCAAGAAAAACAAAAGCUUCGGAUGGACAUUGCGCAUCUCGAGGCCCGGCUAGCCGAUGAGCGAUCGCGCUCCAUACGCUUUGAGUCUUCCUGGCGACAGGCAGAGGAUUUGGCUGCGAGCAGUAAUUUUGAACUGGAGAGGCUAAAAGCAGAGCUUGAGAAGCUGAAAGCGGAAGCGGAGCCUGCAGAAGAUCAAUUAUUACCGGCAGAAGCGGCGCGGGAGGAGGAAUAGGAAACAUUCAUUGUUUGUGAUUCGUGUGGGAUAUGGCUGCAUGAUGUAGGUGUUCGUCGAAAUCCAAUAAUCAGUAUGCGUGUAUGUAUCUAUGAGAAGAUCGGC